AUGUCGCUGGUCGCCGACCAAGUGCGGCGACUGGAUGCCUACCUCGACCGGCUCCCAGUCCUGUCCGAGGAGGGUUCGGAAGAUGGAGCUUCGGAAGCUGGGCACCCCUUUGCCGCCGCAGAGGCCCUGGACGUCCCGCGCCUGGACCAUCUGUUGCGCAUCAUCCGUUCGCUGAGCACCACGUCGUCCUCGCAGCCGCUGCUCUCGGUCGAGCGCGUCAAGCUCCUCCUCGACGAAUCGGGCAUUCCUGCGAUAGCGGAUCGCGUCGAUGGCGCAUCAAGCGGUGCCUAUGCGCAACCGAAGACGCCAUACGAGAACGAGAUCGAGUGGCUCCUGGUCUCCAAAGCGACGGUUCAAGUCUAUGGAGCCAUCCUCAAUACGCUGGUUGACAGCAUCAUCCCCCUUAGCGAUGACAUGUGGUACUGGGACGGAGUCUUGAGCUCUUACACCUACAGCAGCAUAUACGCGGUGCAGACAUCUCCCCUGCGGUUGUGGGCGUGGUCGCACGACAUAUACCAAGCCAGCCGGUCACGACUACGCCUCAUGUCAGCGGCAGAUGCUUCCGCCCAGCUUGUCGAGUCCACACGAUCCACCAUAUCGCAGCCAUGGAGCAGGUUCUACGGUGUUGUUCGAGAGAGCAUCCGGGAGCACUCAUUUGCCAAUCUACAGCGAAAGGUGCUCUCGCCUGUUGCUCUGUGCCGAGCUGAGGCCAGGCAUAAACAAGCACAGCUGCGAAAGCUGAGGGAGAUGACAGCUAGCGGACUUGGCGUGCUGAUGGAUGAAGGUCUUCAGCUAGGCCACGAUGACGACCGAGCUGGGGCGCAGGAUCACGAAGACCUCAAAGGCGUCGUCGAGCGCAGCGUAGCACUGAUGGACAUGGUGCUGAAGGAGGCAUGCAGCUUGGAAGCCAACAUCCACGACUUUGAGGAAAAGGUAUUUGCGGGUGUCGAAGAAGACGCCGAGCUGUCUGUGCACGUCGAAGGCGACAUGACUUCGUAUCGCCCAAGCACACUGGCCCGCCGUCUGAUUCAGAUCAUUGACAAGACGCUUCCCCAGCAUGUCAAUGCCAUGCAGGCUCUCGCAACCCACAACGGUCGGCCGCCGGUUCUCCUCCGAUACUGGCUUCCGGCUCUCGUUGGCAUCACCUCCUCCACCACCAUCCUCAAGAUCUUGGUCAACCGCAAGGCAGACAUCAUACAGUGGAUCACGGAUUUUGGAAGCACCCUGCGAGACUUUUGGCUGAACUGGGUUGUUGAACCCACGGCAAAGGUCAUCAAGACGAUACGGCACGAUGAGACGAGCGAGAUAGCCAUCAUGAGCAGAGACAGCCUCAAGGCCGACCGAGAGAGCUUGGAGCGAAUGGUGGUGGACUUUGCCACGGAUAAACCCCAAUUUGCCGUUGGCAAUUCCUCCAUCACCGAGGCUCAAAUCGCAGAGAUCCGCUCCAAGGUGGCUGAAGGCGAUGUGACGCCGGUGCUGCGGGCCUUUGAACAGGACCUCAGGAGCCCCUUUGUCGGUGCGCUCCGAGGCGACCUUGUCCGGUCUCUCCUGAUUCAGGUUCAGAAGACAAAGGUCGAUCUCGAGGUGGCCAUGACGGGCAUUGACUCGCUCCUCAAAAGUCAGGAGCUGGUAUUCGGCUUCGUUGGUCUGACCCCUGGCAUCUUUGUUUCGAUUGGCGUGUUCCAGUACCUUCGUAGCAUCUUUGGCAGCCGAUCUGGACGGCGCCAUAGCAAAGUCUCUGGCAAGGCCAUCCGCAUCCUCCGAAACAUUGACCGCAUCCUGUCCGAGGCACGGCCGACAGAGAACAACGUGCUGUCGUACAAGGACCACGGCCUUUUGCUGUGCGAAGUUCACGUGCUCCGUAACCUGGCCAGCAAGUUGAUGCCGGACAACAUACAAAAGGAGUUUCUGGAGGACCUGGAGGACCUGGCAAAUGUCAAGGGGGUGCACAUCCAAGCCAAGGCCUUGGAGAGGAUUCGCUGGGCGUAUGCUAGAUGGUUGAGGUAG